GUCAUGCGACGCUCUACCUGGACGGUGCAGGUGUGCUGCAUCUUGCCCGUGGUGAUGACGGUGCCCUUGAGCUCGAGGCCCUUUGCGAGGGUGUACUUUGAGGCCGGUGGAGGAAGGGACGAGGUCGAGGCGGACGACACGAGGCGGGACGACGAGGGAGAGCACGAGCAGGGGAGGAAGGAGCGCGACAGUGGCCGUGCGGUGGCAGAGAUAGACCUGAGCAUGGCUGCGGUGGUCACCACCCUCGCAAACGGCGUCCGCGUCGCGUCCGACCCGACCCCGGGUCACUUCGUCGCAGCCGGCGUCUACGUCGAUGCCGGCAGUAGGUACGAGAGCGCUCGCACCCGCGGCGCAGCACACAUGACGGACCGCCUCGCCUUCAAGAGCACCGCGAGCCGCUCGGCAGAAGAGAUGACGCGCGAGAUCGAGCAGCUCGGCGGCCAGUUCAUCUCGUCGUCGUCGCGCGAGACGAUCCUGUACCAGGCGUCGACCUACACCCACUCGCUCCCCUCGGUCCUCUCGAUCCUGUCCGACACGGUCCUGCACCCGCAAAUCACCCAGGAGGAGCUCGACAUCCAGCGCGACGCCGCCCUGUGGGAGGUCGGCGAGAUCAAGACCAAGCCCGACAUGAUCCUCCCCGAGCUCCUCCACGAGACGGCCUUUGCCAACAACACGCUCGGCAACCCGCUCCUGUGCCCCGAGGACCGCCUCGAGGCCAUGACGCCCGACGUCAUCCAAGGGUACAUGCGCACCUGGUACCGCCCCGACCGCCUCGUCGUCGCCGCCGCCGGUGUCGAGCACGACGCGCUCCUCGAACUCGCCGACCGCCACUUUGGCAGCGUCAAGCCCGUCGCGUCGUCCACCUCUCCUUCCACCUCGACCACCUCCUCCUCCUCUUCCGCACCUCGACCCGCAUCCGCCUCCCCCUCUGCACCCUUCUCGACCUCUGCCCCUUCCCCCGCCACCGUCUCGUCCUCGUCGCCCGACGUCGAGUCGUUCGAGUACCUGUCGACGGCCCCAGCACGGUACACCGGCGGUCAGCUCCUGAUCGAGGACGGCGAGCAAGAGUUCACGCACGUCUACGUCGGGUACGAGGGCCUGAGCAUCCACGACGAGGACAUCUACGCGCUCGCGACGCUCCAGGUCCUGCUCGGAGGCGGCGGCUCCUUCUCGGCCGGCGGGCCGGGCAAGGGCAUGUACUCGCGCCUGUACACGAGCGUUCUCAACCAGUACCACGCCGUCGACUUCUGCUCGGCGUUCCACCACUGCUACCUCGACAGCGGCCUGUUCGGGCUCUCGAUCUCGGUCCACCCGUCGUUCCUGUUCCGCACGCCCGAACUCAUCGCGCAGCAGCUCGACGCCGUCACGCGGCCCAUGGGCGGCGGGAUCGGCGAGACCGAGUUGAGGAGGGCGAGGAACCAGCUCAAGAGCAGCUUGGCCAUGGCGCUCGAGAGCCGCAUGGUCCAGGUCGAGGACCUCGGGCGCCAGGUCCAGGUGCACGACCGCAAGAUCUCGAUGCCCGAGAUGUCGGCCCUGAUCGACCGCGUCACGCUGUCGGACCUGUUCCGCGUCGCGAACCGCGUCCUGCGGCCCUCGACGUCGGCGCUCGUCGGCGACCGAAAGCGCAACGGCGAGCCGACCGUCGUCGUGCAGGGGCAGCUGCGGGGCCUGCCCGACGUCCGGGACGCGCUGCGCAGGAGGGGACUGGCGGGGAGCGCGAGCUCGUGA